GGAGUGGGUCAGCAUGCAUGUCCAGGAACUGCUCUUUGUGGCCGCGAUCCUAGUGCCCCAAUGCCUGAGGGCAUUGCGAUAUAGCCAAGGCACUGGCGACGAGAACUGCGAGACUCUCAAGUCGGAGAUCCACUUGAUCAAGGAGGAGUUCGACGAGCUGGGCCGGAUGCAGAGGACCUGCAAUGCCGACGUCAUCGUCAACAAAUGCGAAGGAUUGUGCAACAGUCAGGUGCAACCAUCGGUGAUAACGCCCACGGGGUUUCUGAAAGAGUGCUACUGCUGCCGCGAAAGCUUCCUCAAGGAAAAGGUCAUCACUCUAACCCAUUGCUAUGACCCGGACGGCACCCGUUUGACCUCUCCGGAAAUGGGAAGCAUGGAUAUACGUCUUCGGGAGCCCACCGAGUGCAAGUGCUUCAAAUGUGGCGAUUUCACACGUUAAUGCCUCAACAUAAACUAUGCUAUUUGCAUCCAUUUGUUUUAGUUGCAGAGUGAAAUAUGUUUCAUAUAUUUUCAAAACGAGCCCCACAUUAAAAGUACCAUUACUU